UGAAGGCAGAGCGAAGCUUCAAGCAGCAAAGUGUUGUCAUCCAGUUUGUUCUUUAUCAUCUUCUUCAUCGUCAUCUUCAUCACCCGGUGACCCAAGUCUUCAUCUUCAUCACCCGGUGACCCAAGUCUUCAUCCUCAUCAUCGUCCUCCUCAAUGUCGGUUCUUCCGCUGCGAGUCCGAGUGUUGCGGCGCGUGUGGCGUCUGAAGAGGUUCUUCAUCGUGGGCGUGAGCCCCUUCCUCCUGCUGCCCCUCGCCCUCAGCACCCCGGAGGCGGCGUGUGCCUACGUCAUCUCGCUGAUGGCCUUGUUCUGGUGCACCGAGGUUCUACCCCUGGCCGUCACCGCCCUGCUGCCCAUCAUCCUCUUCCCUGUGCUGGGCAUCAUGGAGUCCAAAGACGUGUGCAUGCAGUACCUGCGGGACACCAACAUGCUGUUUGUGGGCGGGCUCAUGGUGGCGGUGGCCGUGGAACACUGGAACCUCCACAAGAGGAUCGCGCUGAAGGUUCUGCUGGUGGUGGGCGUGCGUCCCGCCAUGCUGAUGCUGGGCUUCAUGGGCGUGACGGCCUUCCUGUCCAUGUGGAUCAGCAACACGGCCACCACCGCCAUGAUGGUCCCCAUCGUGCAGGCCGUGCUGGACCAGCUCCACCGCCGCCAGGACGAUGGGCCCGACCCCAGGGAGCAGAGCAGCGUGCAGGUUUUCCACGUGGGUGUGCCGCUACCUGGACAACCGGGAGAGCGCGUGCAAAGUGAAGUGGGCGGAGUCUACCAAGAAGUGAACGGCCAAGUGGGAGGAGUCGCAGAGACGGUCUACCAGGAAGUGAACGGCCAAGUGGGCGGAGUCGCGGAGACGGUCUACCAGGAAGUGAACGGCCAAGAGGCGCUCAAACCGCCGCCGCAAGACAAACCUCCAUCCCGAGGUCAGGGGUCAAGCAGAACUGCGGCGAGGGGAGCGGGACAGGAAGUGAGUGGUGUUGUGCUUCCAGCAGGCGUGGUGUGUCCAAUGGAGGAGGAGGAGGCGGCGAGCGUCGGCGAGAAGAGGAAGAGGCAGAGCAAAGGCCUCCUGCUGUGCGUGAGCUACGCGGCGAGCAUCGGCGGCAUCGCCACUUUGACAGGAACCGGACCCAACCUGGUUCUGGUGGGCCAGAUGAGCCAACUCUUCCCGCAGAACGGCGACGUGAUCAACUUUGCGUCGUGGUUCGCCUUCGCCUUCCCCGCCAUGGUUCUGAUGCUGGCGCUGGCCUGGUUCUGGCUGCAGUUCGUCUUCAUCGGCUGCAACUUUCGGCGAACGUGGGGGUGCGGCGCGGGGCCGACGGCGGAGGAGCAGGCGGCAUACGAGGUGAUCAAAGACGAGCACCGCCGUCUGGGCCGCAUGAGCUACGGCGAGGUCAACGUGCUGCUGCUCUUCGUCCUCAUGGUGGCGCUGUGGUUCACGCGGGACCCUCGCUUCGUGGACGGCUGGGCCACGCGCCUCUUCAACGCCAACGGCGAGUUCGUCACAGACGCCACCGUCUCUCUCCUGGUGGCGCUCAUGUUGUUCGUCCUGCCCUCUGAGCCACCGCGCUACCUGUGCUGCUGGGGGCGGAGCUCCGACGCAGGCCCCGCCCCUCCCCUGCUCACCUGGCAGGUGACCCAGAAGAAGAUGCCGUGGAACAUCGUGCUGCUGCUGGGCGGCGGCUUCGCACUGGCGAAAGGAAGCGAGGAGUCGGGACUCUCCCGCUGGCUGGGGGAACAGAUGGCGCCGCUUCACUCCAUCCCGCCGUGGGCCGUGGUGGUGGUGCUCUGCCUCCUCAUCGCCGUCUUCACAGAAUGUGCCAGCAACGUCGCCACGGCGACGCUCUUCCUGCCCAUUGUGGCGUCCAUGUCCCAGUCCAUCGGGCUGAACCCGCUCUACGUCAUGAUCCCCUGCACCCUCAGCGCCUCCUUCGCCUUCAUGCUGCCCGUCGCCACCCCCCCCAACGCCAUCGUCUUCUCUGCUGGAUACCUCAGGGUGUCGGACAUGGUUAAAACCGGCGUGGUGAUGAACGUCAUCGGCAUCGUGUGCAUCAGCGUGGCCAUCAACAGUUGGGGUCGACUCUUGUUCUCCCUGGACUCCUUCCCUUCCUGGGCAAAUGUCACCACACCCGUUUAGCUCCGCCCAUUAAGGCUUCCUCAUCGACAUUUUAUUUUGAAAAGUCCUACACUUCCGGUCAAACCUGUGCAGUGGGCGGAGUCUGCACGUGACAAGCUGCUACAAAAAAAAAAGUUCAUGUCUUACUUUUUACUGCUCGUCAUGGUCACUUUUGGUGACGUAACCAAUAACAUCCGAGCAAAUGUAUUUAUUUAGACUUGUAUUUUGACUACUAACUAUGGCACAAUAGUGACGUAAGAAUGUUUUUUGAACACGUUCAGCAGACUGACCUCACUUUAAUAAGCUUUACAUAAAUAUUUGUCACUCGUACGUGUUUAAUCGAUACAACAUCAGCUAGUAUUGCGUUUAUUUAUGCACUUAUCGUGUCUAAUGAAGUGGCAAACAGAAACAAUAACAUGUAAAAUAUGUAAUAUAGAUAACAAUAAAUUGGAUGUUAUUAAGUCAUAUGUUUGUUGCAUAAUGUCUCCCUCAAGCGGUCAUUUGAUGAACCACAGCUGCCGUAAAGUGAAGAAAAAAAAGUAAUUUCCGGCAAACAUGGAUAUGUUGUGUUGCGGCUAAUCGCAAAACAAUAAAGCGUUUUUCCGCGUAUUUUCACACUUUGGUUCCAAGGUGUACUUUUAAUCUGCUUUUAUAUGUGUUUAUAUUCAUGAAACGCUUAGUCAGUCCCUUUUUUAGCAGACUGACCUCACUUUAAUAAGCUUUA